AUGGAAACAACGAACGUCGAGACAUCGGUGGCUGUUUCAAAGCUAAUCGGCCAGCUUCAAGGGACCCUCGUCGCAUGCUUGCUUCUAGAAUACGAACACGAGGCGCUCCGACAACUGACUCAUGCUCUCAACAACAUAAACAUCGACGCGCCACUCUUGCCCCCGGGCUCGUAUUCCCACUGCUUCCACGAUGAGCGAUCAGCGAUGAGCCUCAUAGAGCUUCCACCAGAGAUAAUCCUAGAAGUAGGAUCGCAUCUGGACCUGUGUUCUCUGAAUGCGCUCGUCCAAGCGGGGAAAUCCUUUGCCCAAAUACUCACACCGCAGCUAUACGAUGCCGGUCUCAGAUUGACCCCCGAUAUCGACGAGUGGCUCCAACAGAGGGUGAUGAAACCACGAGGCGUGUUCACUCGCCGGAUGCAGGACUGUGUGCAUACCUGGUCCUCCCCAUGGCUCAUGAGCUACUUUCUUCCAAAACACCACCACGCCUACGUGGCCUUGCUCAUCUCACCUAUAGCCAAUGCGCUUGCAAUCCUGCCGCUGACGCAUGUGCUGGCAAUGACCGGGAAUGUGAAAAUCUUGAGUUUAGUUAUCGUCUCCACUGAGGAUCCUGACCCGCGGGACGAAUCCGGAUGGACCCCAUUGCAAUACGCAGCGACGUAUGGACAUGCCGAGGCUGUAUCACGCCUGCUCGAUGCAGGUGCAAAUGUUCUCUCAGAGGCUUCAGGCGGGGUGUCAACAGUAUAUGCCGCCUCCUUUUGUUCAGGCACGCCCAACGCGCUUUCCCUAGUCAUAAAGGCCACACACAAGGCUGGAGGUGAGGUGAUGAAACCAAAUGAAUUUGGCGACACCCCGCUUCACCUUGCAGCAUUGGUCGGAAACAAGCUGACCACAAUGUGCCUGAUCAGCGAAGGCGUCGAGCCACUGGAUACAAACAGUGAUGGAGAUGUUGCCGCGGCAGCAGCAAUGAUAUGCGGCCACGAAGAAAUAACGCUGCUCUUGAUUGAGCAGAUGGUCGGCGCCGGCGGGAAUAUCUCAUUACAGAAUGGUAAUGGAUGGACGCUUUUACACCAUGCAGCGAGGCAUUCAAGCGAAGCCGUUGUUUGUUCUUUACUCGACGCUGGCGCCGACAUGUCCGUCGCUGAUGCCGAUGGUAAAACGCCUCUAGACAUUGCCUUGGAGCGUCAUCAGAACGACAAAAUAAUCGAUAUCCUCCUCGAGCGCAGCAGACACACAGCGAUUCCAAACCAUACCAGGGCACGCAUGUUUGAGGAUAUCAUAAGAGGGGGCAAUACGCACCGCGCACAAACGUUGCUUCGCAAGUGUCCACCACCAUGGCCGCAAGCCCACAUCAACUCUCUUCUAUGGAAGUGCGCGGGCCAAGCGCCGAAUUAUGAACAGCAGCAGUUCAAUCUGGUGGUGGACCUGGCCCACUGGGGAACCUCCGCGCUACACUUCACGAAUGAAGGAGGGUGGUCCGCGCUACACUACCUGUGUUCAGCUCAACCGGCCAAUUCAGCAAGCGCCAGGGAGAUGAUCCAGUUGCUGAUCAGUGAGGGCAUGCGUUUAAACGGUAAGAACCACGCGUGCCUCACCCCAAUGCAUCGGGCAAUCUAUACGAAGAACCGAGUACCGAUCCAACUUCUAUUUCGGGGAUACUGCACCAGGCAGGGCAGAGUCAGCAUUCCGGUCUUCAAAGCUGCUAUUGACUGCCUGAUGCAAUUGGACGUGGGCAUUUAUAGUCUGGUGAUGGACAGUAAUGGGUUCACGGCAAUAGAUCGAGCAGUGAUGGAGUUUAAAGAUAAACAAGUCCGGGCCGUAUUCGGCAUGCUACUUGGGUGGCCUGGCGUUAAAUGAGAGACCCGCGUGUAUAACAGCUUUAUAUAAUAGGUCUGACAAAUGACAUCUCCCUCUGAACUCCCAGAACAGGACUUGCAGACGUGACAGAGUGUUGACGACCCUGGUGUAAUCUACCAACAAUGACAUCGACAGCAUGCCCACAAGGUCGUCUUCGCAGGCAACCGUGACCUCAUUCUCGAUGAAGCAUGCGACGAUCAGUUCCUUACACGCGGCGAGGAUAACAGCGCCUUGAAACAAAAGAAACUAGACUGGGG